CAUGAGGUUAUUUUAAAGUAUAUUAUGCAUUAAAAUGUUUUUGAUUAGAGAUAUGGCAUGUAAUCAUUAUUCUGAUUUAGAUAUGUUCGUGAGCUUUCGAAAAACUUACGUAUAUGAUUUAAGCAUAUUGAUGCUAUUAUUGAUUCUAUGAACAUGAUGUUUAAUGAAAAGAAUGGAAAUGCUAUUAUUAUGAAAUGUUAUGCAAAAUAAGAAAUUUCAGUAUGAUGUAAAGUAUGAAAUGUUUUCGGGUUAUGUCCUCCGAUAAUUUGAACUCAGCCAGUAGGGGUUAAUUAUUGGCUUUCCAUGGAAAUAUGUUAUCUGUUUGGCCAUUUAAAGUAGAGGAAAUGGGGCUGUCUGUAACUCUAGGCCAUUUAAAGUAGAGGAAAUGAGGUUGCUCGUAACUCUAAUCUGAAUAAGGCCUUCUCCCCAAUGUGUACGGACGGCGGGGAGGAACAAAACCUGGAGGGGAUGUGCCAUCAGGCCUCCCAAAGGAGACAAUAUCAUACACAUGGGGGCACCCAAAUGUGAUGAGGCCUUCUCUGUACAGCUUAUCAGACAUGGACUAACCAAUAUGUUAUGAACAACUAUGUUAUGUUAUUAAUCAUGAGAGAAUUAUUUUGUUUAAAUGCAUUGUGAAAAGUGAAAGCUCUCAUGGCAAGAAGAAGUUUCUAAUGAAAAGAAAAGCUGUUCAUUAAAGAUAAAAGUUUCUGAAGUUUUGUUGUGCUAUAAAGAUAAAGUUUUUGAUGAAAGUGCAAGUUUAUGUUCAAAAGUUAUCAGAUAUCUAUUUUUAUGAAACGUUAAGUUUUAUGACCAUGAAAGAUAUAGAAUUUUAUGAGAAGAAGUUUAUAAAGAGAAGUUUUCUUAUUAGUCAAGAUGUUUCUAGUUUAAUACAAAGUUGCCGAUUAUCUGAUUUAAGUUAAAAUAAUUAUUUUGUAAAUGAGAAUAUAUAUAUAUAUAUAUAUAUAUGGCAACUUUGUAGGAAAUGAAAGAAGUUUAAUCCGAAAGGUUUGGUAUUGUUAACCUAAUAAGAAAAGGAGAACAAUUGUUUUCUAUGAAGAGCGUAUAAGUUAUUAUUAUGAAUAGUAUUAAAUACUAUGCAUGAAAAGAUGUUCUCCUAUUCGAAUAUUCAUAGAAUAAAAUGAUCUGAUUUACAUGCAUCCUUAUUGAAUUCUUGUAUAUCUUACCUUUACUGAGCUGUGUAGCUCACCCCUUCCACCCUUUCAGUUAGCAGGUUUUAUUUUGGAGCAGAGGGAGCCUUAGUCGAUUUUGGAAGGAGCUGGUUUUAGUUUUAUAUGUAUAGAUCCUAAACUAGCAUUCUAACGUUUAGCGUUAUAGUUAUUGUGUAUUCUAGGAUCAAAUGAAAGUUGUGUACCUGAAAGUAUUAAAAGAUGUAUUAUGUAAAAGUAUGGAAAUUAAAUGACUGGUGGAUUAUGUUAUAUUUUGAGUAUGGUGUAGAUGCUCUGACUAUCAAGUGAAAAAUUAUAUCAAGAAGUAAAGAAACAAGUAUAAAAAGAAAAAGAGAAGCAUUUUGGAAAAAAUUUACUAAAAGUUAAGUUGGUUCUUAUUAAUAUCAGGUUUAAACUUGAUAUUAGCAUGCCGGUCAUGGUCACAAAUCCGGGUAUCGGGUUUGGGGUGUGACACAUUUCCUGUACCCAAGAUAGAUCAAUUGGUGGAUGCCACAUACGGUCACCCAAGAAUGAGUUUCUUGGAUGCCUUUCAAGGUUAUCAUCAGAUUGCUCAGGCACUUAAGGAUAAAGAGAAAACCUCUUUCAUAUCGCUCGAAGGUAAUUAUUAUUACACAGUGAUGCCUUUUGGGCUAAAGAAUGUGGGAGCUAUGUAUCAAAGAAUGGUUACUCGGAUAUUUAAAGAUCAAAUUGGAGACACAGUGGAAGUUUAUAUUGACGACAUGGUGGUUAAGAGCAAGAGAAGUGAAGAGCAUAUGCCCAACCUGGUUGAGGUUUUCGAAAUAGUGAGACAACACAAGUUGUGCGUCAAUCUAGGCAAAUGUGUCUUUGGUGUAGGAUCAAGUAAGAUCUUGGGCUACAUGAUAACCACCCAAGGAAUAGAGGUCAACCCUAACCAGAUUACAACAAUUCAGCAGCUUAACUCGCCUAGUAAGCCUAAAGAAGUGCAAAGGCUCACUGGGAUGGUUGUCAACCUGAAUCGAUUUGUUUCAAGAUCAGCAGACAGGUGUAAACUGUUCUUUCAACGGUUGAAAAAGUGGAAGGAUUUUUAAUGGAUAGAAGAGUGUGACAUGGCAUUCAGAGAUUUGAAGUGCUAUUUGGCUAGCCCUCCUAUUUUAUCCCAACUUGAGCCUGAGGAAGAUCUAUAUAUGUACUUAGUGGUCUCCGACCAUGCAGUGAGUGCUGUGUUACUAAGACAUCAAGAAGGGAUCCAUAGACCAGUGUAUUACCUUAGCAAAAUGCUAGUGGAUGUGGAGACUCGGUACUUGCCACUAGAGAAUAUGGCGCUAGCAUUGGUCCAUGGGACAAGGAAGCUACCACAUUACUUCCAAGCCCAUACAGUUUGGGUGCUGACCGAGUAUCCCUUGCAAUCAUUCUUAAGGAGAUUGGAUUUUAACCAAAUAGGGAACGAGACUUAGGAUGUUUGACAUACGAUACAAAUUGAGGAAUUCCAUUAAGGGUCAGAUAUUAGGCCGACUUUGUGGCCGAAUUCACACCUGCACUAAGGGUCUCCGUAGGGGUAUGCCAAGUUUUAGUUUUGUAGACAGCACAUCUAAUGCAAGAGGCUCUGGGGCCAAGAUCAUAAUGAUGUCCCUCGAGGGGUUACAAUUGGAAAAAUCAUUAAGACUGGGUUUUCAAGCUUCCAACAAUGAAGCUGAAUAUAAGGCAUUUAUCACUUGAUGAGUAUGGAGAUGUAGAUGAGUCCCUUGUAAAUAAUGAAGGAAGUUCUCAUAUGCUUGCAAGUACUUCAAAUGAUGUGGCACAAAUGAAAUGUAGGUUGAGUGGGGCAAUGUCAUCUUUUGAUUUGUUUGUCAACAAUAGUUCAAGUACUUCAAAGAAACAUGGGAGUGCUAGAAUGGAAUUUAAUCAUUUCAUUGAUGAGGGAGUGUUGAAGAGGAGUGAAGACUUUGAUAUUUUGGCAUGGUGGAAAAGUUAUAGUGUCAUGUAUCCUACUUUACAAAGGAUUGCAAGGGAUUUUUUAUCCAUUCUUGUUACAAUUGUUGCUUCAGAAUUUGCCUUUAGCACUAGUGGGAGACUACUAAGACCACACUGUAGUAGGCUUCAUCGCAAGACUAUAGAGGCAAUGAUGUGUGCUCAGAAUUGGUUGUGGAGUGAAAUCAAAGGUUCUUCAAUUAUGCCAGGAGAUUGUACACUUCAAUCAAUUCUUGAUAAUGGGGAGCCUAAUGAAGAGGAUAGGAGUUGUGUCACAGCUAUGCGAUUAGACUUUUUGUAUUAAUUUAGUUGCUUUCUAAUUUCUUAGACUUGUUGGAUUAACUUGUUGGUUUGUAAUUAUCCUAAACUUGUGGAAUUUAUUUUGUAGCUUUUUAAUUUCUUGGGCUUGUUGGACUUGUUAUACUUAUUUCUUGGACUUGUUGGAUU